GGACCUAUCAAUUCCUGCACCCUUGAGCCACUCGUUUGCAAGGUUAACGCGUAAGGUCGACCGGUUUCGGCGGAUCAUCUUUUUCUUUUUAGUUUAUCAAAAAAUUUCGGAUAGACUAGGUCUUAUACGCCUCCUCAUUCAUUUUCGAUGAUAUCAGUAUUGAUUUAGGUAUCUUUUUUCACUAAUGUCACUGAUUUGAUGCAAUCGAGCUAAGGAGUACCCUAUUACACGUAUAGCCCACUGUAUAAGAUAAUGCUUGUUUGUGUUCUGAACAUUUUAUCCGCUAUAAUCAUUAGCAUUUAACGCGAGUGCAUUUCGAUGUUCGCGGAAUAUUCCACAAGUGACAAUGCACUUCAUGGUCAGAAAAAAAAAAAAAAACUGCUGUCGCAUCAUACAUCUCGCAUAACGUUGUGCAAUCCUGCCAACGAGAGACGUGAUUUUCUGAUGUUCAAAACGACUGCAGAAUGAACUUUUACAUUUCCAUUUUGGGUAUACGGAAGAAAACUCUGCUUACUCGAAGUACGAACCGUUCCAAUUUCAUGAUUCACCAAAAUAAACACUUGCCAAACGUUACUGCGAUUUACAUCAGCUUUUCUUAAGUCCAAAUACUUGCAUAAAGUUUCGAAAUGCAUUAGGAGCAUUGCGUUUCUCGUGGAAAAGCGGAUGUACCGAGAGGAAGGUGGAAGAAGGUUCAUAGAAUAUGUGAGAGUAAAAGCGUUUUACGCGUUGGAUGUAAUGCACGCGAUGCAUCUAAACCGGGAACACGUGAGAAGUGGCUCGAAUUCAGUUGCUUCCCGGUUGCAGUUGCACGGCCGAGUGGUGGUCGCAUCGAUCCGACGCCAAGGUUGUCUUAUUCGGGCAAGGCCAAGGUCGUUGGCUGGCAUUGCCAGCAAACGAAGGUGAGAUCGCAAUUUCCCGCACGGGGGUUGUUGCGGCCGGGGUCACGGCGAUCCCGGCAGAUCGAACCGAGCUCUUGGCAUUCGGAUACUCGAGUUAAACUGCGCGACCACCACGAUUUGGUAAAUAUUUUCACUCGCUCUCCCAUUAUAUACCGUUCAAAUUUAAACAAGUUUACUUCAAAGCGAACUGCUCUGUCAGAAUCGUUAGAUGUUCUAAGGAAAUUCAUUGCAGAUAACAAGUUAAAGACUAUAGACUUUGCACUUGAAUCUUUUUUCUUUCAAGUAUUCGAUGCUAAUUCAGUAAUUCAACAGUUGUUUCUCGAAUAACCCUCGGACAUAGAAAAUAUAACCGAGCCUCUGCAGCGGUACUAGAAUACACCAUUUAAACGAUUCACGAACAAUAACACGGUUCUAUUUUAUUAAACCCAACCUAGAUUUUCGAACGCAGAUGUGAACAUCUAUUCUCUGAAAAUGAACCGCAUCUUAAAAGAUCGUUAAACAGUUGCAGGCAAUGAAACUCGAAUAGAAAGAACCCCAAGUGUCUCCUAGACCCAUUUAACAAUAUAGCUACUUCGCAACAUCGUGGUCGUUCGAAAAAGAUUAAAAGAUCCGUCGUAAAAAUCUUCCUCGACUAGCAACGUUACGUGUUCCUCUUCGUGGUUCAGCACGAGAAGAAUUAAGUAGACAAGAGAUUUGAGAGAUCAAACUGGAGGAACAUGGAGGUAUCGGAAAGGACGGCAUAGUUGCGCAAUAAUGACCACCUAGGCGAUGAUAUAAUAAUGGUAUUGCAAACAAUAUUAGUCAAUAGGACGUUUCCUGGUUAGAUAAUGGCCACGAGGUUACGUGAAAAGAAGCAACGUGCACUGGAAGGUGUUGUUAAAGCUGAUUCGUGACUAAUCGGACUUAUGAUUCGAGCCUCGAGACAGUUAACGUCGUUUCAUCUUCUAAAUAUCUUUUGAUAUAUUUCUUCGAUUAAUUCAAGCCGAUACCGCUCGUGAUUCGUUUCUACGGAAGAAAUGGUCCUGUUCCAUUUUCAAUUCUCCGUGAGCUACUUUUGAAAUCGGCUAGAUACACGUUUCACCAUUGACGAGUUAUAAAUGCUUGCAUAGCGUCAUAAAAAUCGAAGGACUCGACAUUGUGGUAAAUGUCUACGAUUAGAGCCCCAACGAGAAAUCAAUUGAAAAGAGGUAAAUUCUAUAUAUUUUUGCCCCCCGAAUCCAAAACUGUUGAUAAAAUUUAGGUGUCGCUUGUAUUUACUAAGAUAUUGUGGUAAAUAUUGACAUAAAAUCAUUAUUUUCAAAAGUUAAUGACUUUCUGAGGUAGACGCUACUUUUAAAGCGCAUCAAUAACCUACAUAGGUUAGGUUAGGUUAUCAGAAAAAAUAUAACUUACCUCACGGCAAAAGCUUGACCAGUCAACAAUAGUCUUCUUAAACGAAGUGUUAAAAGUGGUACGUGGCUAGCCAAUUCUAAUCUUGAUAUCACGAUUGCCCGUUUUAUUGGAUAUUUUCUGUGCACUCUAUGAACUAGUGAUGGACGAUAUAGUAUCGAUAUUGUUCAGUUCAAAUAUCGAUAUUUUGUAUCCAUAUUUAACAUGACGAUAUAUUGCAGUAUCGAUACUUAAUAUUAUUGAUAUCAAUAUGUACAAUUAAAUUGGAAGUGCAGUUCAGUAAAAAAUAGACUAGUCAAAUAUUUGUUUUAUAUAUGAUAAACAUAUUUGAUACAUUGAUACAAAAUAUCGAUAUUUGAACUAAUAAGAAAUAUCGAUAUUCCAAAUAUCGAUACUGCGUCGCCCAUCACUAAUUCAUAGAGUGCACAGUGCGGAGGACGCAUCAUGAGAAAAUAUUUAAUAAAACGGGCAAUCGUCGUGAUAUCAAGAUUAGAAUUGGCUAGCCAUGUACCACUUUUAACACUUCGUUUAAGGAGACUAUUGUUGACUGACCAAGUUUUUGCCGUGAGAUACAUCGGUCAGCAUCGAAUUAAAGGAACACACUGUCUAGUCGUCACUGAUGUGUACACUCUGUACGAUGUUACAACCGAGUCGCACACGGCGCCGGGGAAAGUAAAUGGAGGUAAAAGAAAAGAAAAAAUAAAUUCUACCCUCCCUAUGGAUGGAUACGAGAAACGAGACAGAUACCUAUGCAUAUUUCUCAUUGCUAUCCUUCGUUACCAGGGAAACUUAAUUUUGUCCUAUCAUAUCUUCGUCCUAUCUGUAUGCCCUACACGUGUUCUUGACAUCGACUGGUUACGUGCGUAUAAUUACAUCAUCGUGGAAUUUGCUACCAAUUAAGAGAUGUUUAGAUAUCGCGCCAAUGAUGAAGCCGGAAGAAGAUGAUGCGAGUUUUGGCAACGAGCCAAAAAAAAGUUCCGUCGACGCAACUUUCAUUGCAACGAUGUCGACGUAAAACGAUCUUUCUAAAUGCCAUCGGCCUUGUCCUUGACAUCGACCGCAGCGUCCCGACACUACGCAGCCUAUGAUUGCAUCAGAAUGUUCGGUGCAAGGAAUACACUUGGGAAGUAUGCCGCUAACGGUUGAAGCGAAGAAGCGGGGCAAAGAGUGAUAUAAUGUUCAAAUCGAUCAUGGGUAGAAGGUUUCACGUAGCUGGACAGGUAGAUGGUAUUUAUCUAUAUCGUUUACCCUCACACUACAUAUAUUACUUUAUGAAUCGUGGUACCGUAUUAAACUUCAGCAGAAGUUUCCGUACUUACCUUCAUUCUUUCUCCUAGUUACUCCAAAACCAUUCUCAAUUCAAAUCAAUGUCGAGGUAACUUCAUGUCGAUCAGGCUACGUUAAGGGGGUAGACACGGAUAAUGCAGCGACGUGACAUUAUCGGCAAAAAUGGGCCUAAUAAGGGGUUUGGGAAAUUACAUUUUUCGUCCUUAUAUGAGAACAGUUGAGGCUGAGUAAACCCCCUGUGGCUCGGGGGGCUUAGAAUACGGCCACGGUAUCCCCUGCCUGUCGUAAGAGGCGACUAAAAGGGGUCACACAGACACAUACACACACGUACACAUGCACGCACACGUACACACACAUACACACCGAUUCGGACAAAAGAUGAGCAGACUCUAAAGGUAUGGACUGAGUAAGAUUUAAAAGUAUGGACAAGUAUGAGUGACGAAAUUUAAAAAUGCGCGAGGUUUGGUGUUGGCGGGGCUGCCAGCACAUCCCCGAAGGCGCGUGGCCGAUAGCGUUCGUUGGGCAAUAUGGGGACAGAUAAGUCCCCAAAAGCGCCGGCCCCUUCAGGGGCGAAAUUAAUGAAAUGAGAUGAGGCUGAGUAAGGGCUCAUUCGAAAGAGGAAGGUUCAAUGCAGCGUUUUUUCAAACACUGGUUUAAACACAGAAUCGUUUUUAAUAAAAUAGGAUUAUUUAUUCUAUUAUUAUAAUAUAGGAAAAUAACUUUAAUAAUUUAGGUAUGUACAAAAAGUUUUAUUUCAACUUUUGCGUAAUUUAUACGCACAAUACAUUCUUAUGUACACAUUUAUUUUAUAUUUCACAUAAAAAAGAAAUUGUUUUUUAUUUUUUUGCUUUAUGAGCUUUUGCCUUUCCUCGAGGAGGUCUGCCGCCACGAUUUUUCUUUCCACGUCCUUUAGUUUUUUCUUUUGCUUUUGCCGCACGUAAGUCCUUUUUCAUUCUAGGAUCAACCAACUUGUAACGUCCUUUAACUCCAGCCGGUCUAGCUACUUUCUUCUGUGCCAUAUGCUUCUUCAUUACCACGUAAGUAACAUCUUUCUUUGGCUCUUUAUGGGCUUUCUUAUAUAAUCUGAAAACAUAUAUCAAUGAACGGAUAUAAAUAUAAAUAAUGUUAAGCUUAUUAUCCCUUCAUCAAACCACGUUAUACGUACGCUUGUAUUUGUUUCGCCUUUUCUCUAUCGUUCAUCUCUGUGUUGUCCAUUAUCUGUUCCAUUUUCUUCUUUGCUUUUUCUAAUUUACGCAUUGCUCUUCGUUUUUUCCUUGCUUUUACUUCUAAUACCUUUUUAAUUGGUCUGGCAUUCAAAUCCUCAACUCGUUUUUUGUAUUCAUCAACAAGUUCUUUCGGUACCGGUGCUUCUUUCUUCAUGUGUUUCUCUUCAUCUUGUACAAACCAAUCUGGCAGUUUCUCAUCGUUAAAUACAUAUCUGUUCCAUGCUGAAUCUAUUAAAUCCCUUCGAGUUUUUUUACUUUGAAUUAAUAACGAGCCUAAUGCUAAGUCGUUCUCAGAUAAACGUUUCCUCUUUACCGAUUUCACAGCUGAGAAUAAAGAUAGAUAGUUUAAUUACUUUAAUAUAUAUUCAUGAUUUAUUAUGCAAUUGUGUACUCACUUGUUGCAGAACUAUUUUUACUAUUAAUUCCAUUUUGCAUAUUGUUUUUAUCUUUAGCCAUCAUCUCUUCCACAUCAUAAUCGGAAUCUGAGUCCCCUUGAUCAUCAUCGUUGUCAUGACUGUUUUCCAAUGUUUUAUUAUCUCUAUUAUUCUCUGCAGGAUUAUCUCCUAUUAUACGACCACCUUUCUUUUUGUAGUCUUCAACCAUUUUAUCCAAUUCUAAAUCCUCAUCCUUUUCAUCUUCUAAAUUCUUAAAUAUGUCCUUUUCAAACCAUAAUUCUGCUUUAUGGAUUCUUUUAGUCUUUUUAUCUCUGUGAUCUAAAUCAGUUAUUAAAGGAUUUUCUGGAUCGUCGUCAAAUCUUACUUUCUUUUUUCGAACUCUACUCGCAUCUUCAUCUUCGGAUUCGUCCAAACCUAAAAACAGAUAAUAUAACGAUACUGAAUUUUGUUAUUUAAACAAAAAAUUAUAUAUAUGUAUAGUAAAUACCUAAGCUUGAUUUAUCAGCAUCUGAUUCAUUAUCUGAUUCAUCAUUUGAACUUUCUGGUUCACUAUCUUCUGUCUUAUAAUAUAGUCCUGAACUGUCUAACUGUCCUUCAUCUUUCUUAUAUUUGAUUUUUUUGGGUUUGUUUCGACCUUCAUCUGACUCUGCAUCACUUUCCGCUACAACAUCAGGAUGCUGAUCUAGUACAUUUUCUAAGUGUUGCUUUGUCUUAAUUUCUU